AUGAUGUUUAGGUUGGUGACAUAUAGGGACAGCGUUGAGAUUAAACCCUGUGAAUUCGAGAAAGAUUUAAACGAACUAUUCAUUAAGAAAUUAAACUCAAAGUACACAGACAAAAUAAUAGAUGGAUUGGGAUUGGCCAUAUGUGUAUCGGAUAUUAUUAGAUACGGAAAGGGGGCCAUUUUAAGGACCAAGGGCUCUGCCAUUUACAAAAUUGAAUUCAAAAUAGCAGUUUUUUCACCUUACAGACAACAAAUAAUUAAGGGUGUUGUUUGUCACUCUGAUAAUAAUGGAAUAAAAGUGAGUUUAGGAUUCUUUGACGACAUAAUUGUCGUGCCAAUGCAAAUGGAUAAAAAAAACAAUUUUGGCAACAAAAGUGGAUUAUGUACUAUUGAAAAUAAGAGUAAAUUGGUUUAUAAUGUGGGUUCUGAGAUUAACGUGAAAAUAGUCGACAUAAUAUACAAUUCAAGCGCUAGCAGCACGACGAGCGCUGACGAACGAGAGAUUCCACCUAUGGUUAUUUUGGCAUCAACAGAUUAUUGA